CUCUGCCUCACAUCUACAACUUGCAUUUGAACAACACGAUGAGCGACGACGACGACGCGCCAAGCCUCUCCGCGCACGCAAUGGCAGCACUUGCCGCCUUCUACCAAGAGCAGCGAGCGCGGGACGAGCUGAUGGCUGCGGCCGAGGCUGCCGCGAGUCAGCCUGCCGCCAACGCCGACGACGACGACCAGGCUGCCGCUUCUGCCACGCUCGACAUUGACCACAUCCACGAGAACUGGCAGCUCUCGCAAUUCUGGUACGACGCUGCCACGAUCGACAAGCUUGCUUCUGCUGCAGUCACCGCGGCAGGCGCGUCUGGAAGCAUUGCACUGCUCAGUACCCCGUCGCUAUACAAGCGAGUCAAGGAACUGGCUGUUGCUGCCAAAUGCAGGGGUCGGAUUGUGCUACUCGAGUACGAUACGCGGUUCAAGGUCUACCCGGAUUUUGUCGAGUACGACUACAACCACCCGCUGACCUUCAAGCCCUACCAUGCGAGCUGUGCACCUCUCGCAGAGCAUUCAUUCGACGUCGUUGUUGCCGAUCCACCAUUCUUGGCCGAGGAGUGUCUGACCAAGACGUCCGAGUCUGUCAAGUAUCUCGCCAAGCGCGACAUUCUCUUGUGCACAGGUCUUGUGAUGCGCAAACAUGCCGCCAACCUCCUUGGUCUGCGCCUGUGCCAAUUCCGACCCGUCCACUCCGGCGGGCGACUGAGCAACGAGUUUGCUUGCUAUGCUAAUUUUGACUCUGCUCUUGGUUGGGACACCACGACGACUGCCGAGUAAAAAACACGUUUCAAUUUU